AUGGGUAUCCCAGGCCUCAUCCAUGCCAUUGGCAAGGGGGAGCGCAUCUCCCUAUCUAAAUUGGCAAUAACACAUCUGGAGCGAACGGCAAGGCCAAUUCGAGUUGCGGUCGACAUUUCUAUCUGGCUUUUCCAGGUUCAAGCCGGUCGCGGUGGAAAAAAUCCCGAGCUGCGCACCUUGUUUUAUCGACUUUUGAAGCUACUAGCUCUGCCAGUCCACCCGCUUUUUGUCUAUGAUGGCCGUCAAAAGCCUCCAUUCAAGAGGGGAAAGGCUGUUUCUCCGCGAAGUUACGGCAACGCGCCAAUCAUCCAGCGUUCCAAAGAGCUCAUUGAGCGGUUCCGAUUCCCGUGGCAUGAAGCUCCGGGUGAAGCAGAAGCUGAAUGCGCGCGAUUACAGCAAGCCGGCAUCGUCGAUGUGGUUAUGAGCAACGAUGUGGACGCGCUCAUGUUCGGGUCUACCUGGACUAUCAUGAACUUCUCAAAAGAAAGCGGCAGUAGCUCUGCUGCGACCCAUGUGACUUGUUAUCGCUUCGGAAAUGAGGAUCAUGUUUCAAAUGUGCCUCUCAGUCGAGCAGGAAUGAUUUUGUUUGCCAUGCUCAGUGGCGGCGAUUAUUUGCCAGGGGGUGUUAAAGGCUGCGGACCUGGGUUGGCCGCAGAAAUCGCCAAAGCUCACUUCGGCGAGGAUUUGCUUGAAGAGCUUGCAUCACAUUCUCCUGAUUUAGAUACGCGUCUCAGCGAAUGGCGGGAGCGACUACAAUACGAACUAGAGGAAAAUGAAAGCGGCUAUUUUACGACAAAACACAAAGCUGUUCGUAUCCCAGACACCUUCCCCGAUCGAACAAUUUUGGAGUAUUACGCCGAGCCUAAGGUUUCCACGGAUGAUGAAAUGGCUACCCUUAGACGCCAUUUGAGGCAUGCCUGGGAUCGCCAGAUCGACCCUCUCGCGAUAAGAACCUUUGCAGCCGAUUAUUUCGAAUGGAAUUAUCGAUCAGGUGCCAGAAAGGUGAUUAAACUUCUAACGGAGCCUCUCCUCUCCUACAGGCUUCGUCUUCAACGGCCUGUGUCAGGCUUGACACAGGGAACAUUAGCUCCCGAUUGCGAUACGCCAUGGAUGCAUAAAGUGUACAAGACUCGUGCCAAUUUUGCUACUGAUGGCACGACUGAACUGCAAAUGGAUAUGCUCCCGAUCGAUAUUGUCGGUCUUGAUCUUCUAGCCGAAGAACCGAAUCCACCAGAAGAGGCUGUGCCUUCGCAAGAAAUGGGCGAAGGAGACGAGGAAGAUGAUGCAGAAGUUGCUAAUGAGGCCCUCGAAGGGGGACCCCCGGCAACGCCUACCAAGUCUCGUCCCAAAAAGCGAUUUGAUCCUUUCGCAGUUGAAAAGGUCUGGAUCUUUGAGACUGUUGCCAAACUUGGUGUUCCCGAUGCUGUCACCACCUACAAUAAGGAACAAGCGGCAAAAGAGGCUGCAAAAGAAGCCGCGAAGGCCAAGAAGGCUGCACCGAAAAAGCCCAGCACCCGGCGCACUGGGCCUAAGAAGAAAGGGCCUAUCGAUCCAGGAAUGAAGCAAGGAAGCAUUUUGAAAUAUGGAAUGCUCACAAAAGAGAGAUCCGACCUGUCCCCAUACAAUAAAGCACACAUCUUGGAGGCAGCUUCAUCUCAGUCGACAACCAAGGAACCUUCUCCAGGUUUCCGAACCCCAACUUCAUUCGAGAGCAUUGACUUUGAUGAUUUAUCUCCAAGCAUGUACUCGCAGCAUCAAGCUUCCAGUCAGAUCCGCCAUGCCUCUCGCGAGCUUGAUGAGCUCGUUGACUCAUUUUCAUCACUAUGCGCCGCAUCAUCAGCUCCAAGAGUCAAACGCCAUCCUAUGGCAAGACAAAUCUCGGUCCCAGUCCGUGCAGGAGUUUUAACAGCCGGAGAAACCGAGAUUUUGGAGUUUGAAACAUCCAGAUUAUCACUUGCGGAUACGUUUGUUUCGUCGCAACCCCCGGUACCUAGGGGGCUCAAAAUGAGCUACUCUGUCUCGAGCUAUGAGUCUUCGGAGGCUGUUAAACAGAAACCAGUAGCCUCACCAAAGAAGCAAACUCGUCGCAACCCCUCGAGAUUGGUCAAACUUUCUCCUGAUACGGAAAAAACUCCGGAUGUUAACGAUUUACAAAAAGGCAUUGACUCUAUGUCAUUGUCAACCAAAAAUGUGGAUGAACGCCCUCCAGACCAAGCUGCACCUUCGAUUGGGUCUUCCUGUUUGAAGGAUGAGAAGAGGUCAACCAGCAAAAAGAAGCCUUCCAAGAAGGGGCCGAAGGAAGAGAAGCGGGCUCUAGAGACUAAGCAAACCUUGGGCCACGUCGAGAACAUCUCAAUAGCUGAUGGAUUCUGGUUCUUUGACAAGCCAGCUGAGUCUGAUACGGUCAAAAGAGAUCCAGAUGCGCCUGAGGGCGCAAAGCAUGACCAAAAGGAAAAGGUCAAGACAAAACGAGUUCCCCGCGUUAGCUUUAUUGAUUUGAUUUGA